UAAUUUCUAAUUCUUAAAUUUAUAUGAAUGAUGACUAUAAUUGUAUCUGUUCUUUCAGUGUUGUCUCUUGGUCCAGUUAUUGGAGCCAUUGCAGCUGGUAAUGCUGUAGUCUUAAAGCCAUCAGAAAUUGCUCCAGCCACAUCAUCGUUGAUUGCAAGGUUGGCAGCUGAUUAUUUGGAUCGCUCUUGCAUAAAGGUUGUUGAAAGGGUUGUUUCUGAAACAUCAGCACUACUGGAGCAAGUGGGACAAAAUACUCUAUACAGGUCAAUGAUCAUUUAUUAUCCAUUUUACCUUCUCUACCUUAACCUUUUAUGUCUUAAGAAACUUGGAGAACUGCAUUUCAGAUUCAUAUGUAUAUCAUGUUCUGUGUUUUACUGAUUCUCUAUCCUAGUGAAGAGCCAAAUGGUGACAUUGGUGAUU